AAAUAAAGGAGGAAGAAAAGGUGAAUAGAUCCUGCCCUGCCUCCUAGAGAGAUUCUCAGGGAAACAAGAAAUCGAGUGCGUUUCUCGGCGAAAUUCGAAACAUCAGGGCUUCAACUAGCUUCGCUUCUUCUUCAUCAUCUUAUCUUAUAUCUAUUAAUCAGGAGUCUUACCGGUGGUUUGUAAAAUGGGGGAGACUGGGAAACGAUAUCGCAAUCAAAGGGACCAUGAUGGAAACGGGAAGAAUCAAAAGCGGCGUCUGAAUGACAAAGUUGAAAGGGGAAAUGAUGAAUUGAUUAUCUAUAGAAUACUGUGUCCAGAUGGAGUUAUUGGGAAUGUCAUUGGUAAGAAUGGAAAAGUCAUCAAUACAAUAAGGCAAGAGUCUAGGGCAAAAGUCAAGGUGGUGGAUCCAUUUCCAGGUGCCAAGGACCGGGUUAUAACAAUUUACUGCUAUGUUAAGCAGAAGGAAGAAUUUGAGGUUGAUGAUGAGCUCAAUAAUAUGCAGCCUUUAUGUGCUGCCCAAGAUGCUCUUCUCAAGGUUCAUUCUGUCAUUUCAAAUGCCAUGGAAGCCGUCGGAGAUUCUGAAAAGAAACAGAAGGAUAAGGAAGAAUGCCAAAUCCUUGUUCCAUCAAGCCAGUCUGCAAAUAUCAUUGGUAAGGCUGGGGCUACCAUUAAAAAAUUGAGGGUAAAGACAAGGACAAAUAUCAAGGUUAUUGCAAAGGAUAGGGCCAAUCCGGCACACUCAUGUGCUAUGGACUUUGACAAUUUUGUGUUGAUUACUGGUGAAUCAGAAGCUGUUAAAAGAGCAUUGUUUGCAGUUUCUUCUAUUAUGUACAAGUUCUCUCCAAAGGAGGACAUCCCUCUUGACACGACAGUACCAGAAGUCCCUCCUAGCCUUAUUAUUCCUUCAGACAUUCCAAUUUAUCCACCUGGCAGACUAUACCCAACUUCAGAUCCUAUUAUCCCACCUAGACCUGUUCCUCAAAUCCUAGGUGCAACAAAUGUACAUGAUCUGCAAGGUUAUGCUGAUUCAGGAAAUGCAUGGUCUCUGUACUCAUCUACACUUCCAGCCGUUUCUGAUCCUGGUGGUUCACAAUCUGAGGAAUUGAUUGUUAGAAUGUUAUGCCCCUCUGACAAGAUUGGAUGUGUCAUCGGGAAGGGAGGGAGUAUAAUUAAAAAUAUAAGGCAGGCUAGUGGUGCUCGUAUCGAGGUUGAUGAUUCCAAGGCUCGUUACGAUGAGUGUUUAAUCACUAUAACUGCAAUAGAGUCAUCAAGUGAUCUGAAAUCCAUGGCAGUGGAAGCUGUUUUGCUUCUGCAAGGGACAAUAAAUGAUGAAGAUGACACCCCAGUUUCAAUCCGGCUCCUAGUUCCAUCCAAAGUUAUAGGAUGUAUUAUUGGGAAAAGUGGCUCAAUCAUAAACGAAAUUCGGAAGCGGACUAGAGCAGAUAUUCGAAUCUCGAAAAGCAAUAAGCCUAAAAUUGCUGAUGUGAAUGACGAACUUGUUGAGGUGGUUGGUGGAGUUGAUUGUGUGAGAGAUGCACUAAUCCAGAUUGUACUAAGACUGCGGGAUGAUGUAUUGAAAGAAAGGGACACUGGCCGUAAUCCUCCCCCUAUAGGUUCUGAAUCGUUUUAUUCAGGUGGUUCUGUUCUUCCAGUGAGAUCUGUCAUCCCUCCAGUUCCUGAUGUCCCUGCUCCAUUGGCUUAUGAUCAGAGGACUGAAAGUGGAACUGGGCUAAACAUGCUUUCUUCCAGCAGCCUGCAUGGUUUUGGAUCUUAUUCGAUGGGAGAAAAUGGCUAUGGAUCUAUGUCUUCGUAUGGCUACAAGCUAUAUGGAGGUUUGCCUCCUUCAUCAACUAUGGAGAUGUUGGUCCCAGCUAAUGCUGUAAGCAAAGUGUUAGGUAGAGGAGGGGCAAAUAUAGCUAAUAUUAGGAAGAUUUCUGGAGCAACAGUAGAGAUUUCUGAAACCAAAUCUUCCCGAGGUGAUCGUAUAGCUCUUAUAUCGGGUACACCGGAACAAAAACAUGCAGCUGAAAACUUGAUCCAGGCAUUUAUAAUGGCCACAUAACCUGAUGGAGUUAUUUCUGGUGUUUUAAGAUGAAAAAUUAAUCCUGAAGCAUGUCCAGGUUCCUGUCCAUAGUUCUUGUAUCUUUGGUCUGGAAUAGAAUAUUCUAUAGGGUUCUUUUGCUGAACUCCUGUUUCUUCCAUAACAUUAACUAGCAAGAUUCUGCUGGAGUAUCCAUGGCUAGGUCUGUAUGUAGGAGCUAUACUUCCUUUCAUUUCUUUUUCUUAAUCUAUUCUUCUUCUGCGCUCUUGUCAUAGUAAUUUAGGAUCUUUCUAUCCAUUCAUGCUGUAUUUCUGUUGACCAGUGUGAGACCAUCCCCAUAAACUAUUGUCAGGGGAAACCAUAAAGGGUUGAUGUUUACUUUGUUCUGCUGGAUCAACCUCUUAUUCUUGUUUCUUGCUGGAAGUGUUUCUCCUAAUGAUGCUAAUAAAAUGCAGAUUCUCUGGUAA